AUGGAUCCACACCGAUCGUCAUCACCACCCUCCGCCACUGCCGCCAACAACACAAUUAGGAGGAGAUCAACCAAGUCGCACGAAGACAAGAAUGUGCGUUUCACUGGCAGUACCGAACAACAGGCGCGUCCGGGACUCGUGCGACAACCCCACGGCUUUCGGCACAUUGAUAUUUCUACCGGGAUGAUGACGCGACGGACACAAUGGAUUAGACUCGUCACUGGAGCCGAACUCCCGCGCUCGUCCUGGCACAAGUGCCGCGCCUUUUUCGGUUGCGGGGGCAAGCCGUCCCUGUCUCCCGCGGUUCCCAUCGAUCGAGACGAAGAAAACGCCAAUCACCCAACGGGCUUGCCCCGUGUCCCGCAGUACCGGAUUCGAUCCCGUUCCAUCGGAGACAAGGCUGUCAAUGUGUUUGAUAACUGCGUCCUCUUUAACAUGUUUAUGGCCAUUGAAAGCUUCGUUGGCGUCCUGUUUGGCGGUAUUACCGGCGCCAUUAUUUUCGGAAAAGUCGCUCGCGUACAAUCCUUUGCCCAGGUCCAGUUCAGUGACCCCAUGUGCGUACGCUACGGAACCGGCGUUUUGCCCAAGCGAUGUAUGGAAGAAGAGGAAAACGACGACAGCGAAGACGACAGUGACGGUCAAGCACCCGACAAUCCUUGUGCACCAGCUGGUGGCAAGAAAGCCAAACAAUGGCCUUGUCCCAUUUUGGAAUUCCGUAUCAUCAAUCGACUUUCUGGUCAAAAAGGUGGAGAAAUCAUGAACGCCACGGUCAACAUUGUGGCCACAACACUGGCCAAGGCCAAUGAUUUGGAUUCAGUGCAUUCCUCCCGUCGCUGCAAAUCACCAAGGCAGUCCGCCUCGUUAAUUAGCAAAGUUAGCAGUGUUCUGCACAAGCCAAGGUCCCGGACUAAACAACACAGCUGGAACGCUUCCUCCGUGCUCAGCAUUGCAUCGUCCGCGGCCAGGGCUACCAAAAAUACCGGCGCCGCUUUCUUUGGAGCGAGAAAAAACGUAAGCAACGCCACCGGAUCCAUACUGCAGAAGAUCAAUCACAAUCUGUCACGGGAUCAUCGUCUGGAAGAGAGUACCGCCGCAUCGAGCUGCGCGGAAGCCGAGCUUGAGCAAGAGCUGGAAGCCGAAGUGGGACGUCGGAUUGCCGAAACCUUGCAAAGCGUCGAAGUGCAAACUGCAGCGCUAACGAGUGUGGCCGUCGACGAAGGGUGCGACUCCACGUUGGCACCCCGUCGUAUUUACCACAAACUCGAAAUUGAAACCGACAGUCAUCCCUUUUUCAAGCGGGUAUGGAAUAUUCGACACGUGUUGAACGAAACUUCCCCAUUGCUGAGUAACAAGGCGCGUCGGAGAAUUGUCGAAAACAAGGGUCACUGGCCCGAUACAUGGAACAACGCAGCAUCUGUGCGACACCACAUCCGGUGGUCCGAAAUCAUCGUGAAUUUUUCCGGAACAGCCAACGCCAGUGGCAGUUCCGUGUACGCUCAAAAGGUGUACGAUUAUGUUGAUCUGAACGUGGGUUACGCAUUUGCCACGAUUUUAGCUUUGGAUGAAAAAGGAUAUUUGGUGGUAGAUGGGGAACUCUUGAACGACGUGAUGGAGCAAUCCGGCGGCGGCGGAGAAGAUUUUCAGAAUGUCUCCGAAGUGCCGGUCCGUGCAGUGGAGUUUGCGAGUCAAAUGGCCGUAGACGUGACCCAGCGAGCCAAUAGUGCUGCGGUCCGCACGGGCGAUGCUGUGAAGGAUGCGGCUGUCCGCACGGGCGACGCCGUCAAGCACGUGGUGCAACGAACGUUUUCCAAAGGGAAUCUGAACGUGGAUGGGACAGAAUCUUCGAAUGGCGAUUUGAACGAAACCAGGAACGACCAGUAG